AUGGUAACAAAGACUGCCCCGGUCGACGGGACAGCCACUUCUAUUUUCACCAUUUUUCCAACGGGUACCAGUCCGCCAACAGUGGUCAUUGGGACACCAUCACUCAACCAGCUGGGCCAGCUCUCGCCUCCCUUAAACUCAAAUACCCCUACUGGCACUCCGGUCAUCCUGGGCGGCGCAUCUUCAUCGUCCGAGAUUGAUCCCCUCGUGACAUCGUCUCCUGAAGGUGACAUUUCCGCCUUCACUGUCUGCGCCAACACUAUCUCUUCCUUCCCUAUCCAUCCAAACGCCUCGAGUCCCCACCUUAACUGUGUCUUCACCUACACUUCCGACUAUUUCAGCUUUGUCUGCACCAAGCCUAUCUAUCCCCACCAUUUCAGCACCAAAUUUGUCAGCACCAACUCUAUCACCACCAACUCUAUCACCACCAACGCUCUCAGCACCAAGUCUCUCAGCACCAGGUCUGUCAGCACCAAGUCUCUCAGUGCCGAGCCUGUCAGCGCCGAGUCUCUCAGUGCCGACACUCUCACUAUCAACACUUUCAGCACCAACAUUGUCAGCUCCUAG